GAGGAGUUGCGUGGGCGAUGUUAGUGGCUCGUAUUUGUCAACUAUACCCGAAUGCAAUAGCUGGUGCGAUUGUAUCGAAAUUUUUCCGGAUUAUGUAUAAAUGGGAAUGGCCACAGCCCGUCCUAUUAAAGCCAAUCGAGGAUGGUCCCCUUCAAGUUAGAGUAUGGAAUCCAAAGUGUGACAUUAUGGUAUAUCAUGGUGAUCGGUUCCACCUAAUGCCUAUUAUUACUCCGGCAUACCCUUCGAUGUGUGCAACACAUAAUGUAACUCAGUCUACUAAAAAAAUAAUAGAGGAAGAAUUUAUAAGAGCGGCCGACAUUGCAGAUAAAGUAAUGGUUGGAGCUGGAAAAUGGUCAGAUCUUUUUGCAAAACAUGAUUUCUUUCAAAGAUACCGAUAUUAUUUGCAAAUAAUAGCAACAUCGGAUUCCCAGGAAAGACAACUCAAAUGGUCGGGUAUGGUUGAGUCAAGAAUUCGUCACCUUAUAUCAAAGUUGGAAAAU